CCAUGCGCGAUGCGGGGUUCGCAAGUACAUUUUGGGUUUUAGGCAGCCACGCACGGGAUCAACUCAAGCCGCCUGAUGUCCCAAAGAAUAUAUCUUUUGCUGAUAUCCCCUUCUCAUAACAGCCAUUUAAGCAAUAGAGCAUUGUAUCUCCAGCCUCACAGUAAUCGGAACGCAUCCAUCCUUUACGAUCGAUCUUCAGUACUAUUCAAACGUCGACAAUCUUUCGCCAUGGUGAAUUGCGGCAAGUGUGGGUACAAUAACAUAUCUAAGGCCACAACCUGUGCCGGGUGUGGUGAAGCAAUCUCGGUGGUGGUCAAGAAAGUGUUGACAAUGCCUUCCGCUGGCGGAUUUGUUAUGGAUAGCAGCAUCCUCAUUGGUGAGAGUCAGGAGAUGACUAGUGGUUGGUUCCACAAUGACGAGUGGCUGAGAACCCACGUUUAAACACAUACGAGUCGUAUGCAUGUAUCGAAUUUAUGGUAGAUAGCGGGGGGCUCAUGAAGGCAACGCAUGUCUGCUCACUUUGGCCCCAAAUUCAAUGACACUACCUUUUGUAUA